UCGGAGCGGGGAGCCCGAGCUCCGGGGGUCGAGGCGUCCCUGACCGAUAGGCGAACCAGCAGUGAGAAAAAUCUCCUUCCCUACCGAAAGCGUUUCAGGCCAAGAGCAUCCUUCGCUUCCCCCGCGCACGCACGCCACCCCGAAACCGAAGCAAAGAAAACCGAGAAAAGAAUCCGAAGCCGAGGACGAAAUCGCGAGGCGGAACGAUAAUGGCGGGCAGGACCGUGCUGCGCUGCGUCUUCCUGGCCGAGCCGUGGAAGCCUUCCUUCGCGGCUCCCGCCUCGCUCUCCCUCUCCCUCGCCGGCGCUCCUUCGCCGCCGUCGUCCCCUCCUCCGCCGCCGCCGCUGCGGCCGUGCAAGCUGGGCUGCAGCUAUCGGCCUCCCUGGGCCCCGGAUUUCCACCCCGCGAGGCGAGGCCAGGUGCGGAGCUGCUCCGCCGGGAGCGACGGUCCCUCGUCGUCCUCGUCCGAGAACGCGGAGGACGAUCAAGAGCAAGGGCCGCCUCAGGAGGCCGUUCUCAAGGCCAUUUCAGAGGUUUCUAAGGCGGAAGGGAGAGUAGGGCAAACAACAAAUGUGGUUAUUGGUGGUACAGUAAGUGAUGAUUCAACCAACGAAUGGCUUGCUUUGGAUAAGAAGGUUAACACUUAUCCGACAGUUAGAGGGUUUACUGCCAUUGGAACUGGUGGUGAUGAUUUUGUGCAAGCUAUGAUCGUUGCCGUUGAAUCUGUUAUCCAACAACCGAUUCCCAAGGGCCGGGUGAGGCAAAAGUCUUCAUCAAGGGGCAAAUACGUGUCUGUAAAUAUAGGACCUAUUCAUGUUGUUUCAAGUGAGCAGGUUCAAGCAGUAUAUAAUGCAAUGAGAAGAGACGAGCGGAUGAAGUACUUUUUGUAAUCACAGUGCUUUUGUGCUUUCAGGCUGAGUGUAGAUUUUUAAUCCUUGAUUUUCGUACCCAGUCCAUUUAAUUGGUCCAUUUUUGCUCUUAUCAUCUUGUAAUAAUAUUUGAGAAUGAUUCAGACUGCGCCAAUUGCAUGUAACCUCAGUUUAUUUGGAAGGACUAUUUCGUCCCUUACAUGACUGC